AAAUGAAUAAAAACAACUUGUUAAGAGUCCAACCCCAGGACUGUGAUAUCCCAGAAUAUGUAUCAGAUGAGCAUCAUUCUGCAAAGGAUUAUCACUCCGUGGAGAAAAGAGAAAGCCAACUGAUCGUUAACAAAGGUCAGGCUAGAAACUUUAAUUCAAAGAAAAAUUGAAGUAUGCAUCCAAAACUUCUUUUUGAUGAUCUGAGCGUCGGCAAAUUCACGCCAGAACGAAAAGAAGGACAAGACUGCUUCAUCUUUCCAGAAUCAUCAAAACGUAAUGCAAAUUCAUUCCAACCAGGAAAUAACCAUUUCAAUGCAAAAUUUGAUGAAGAGGUAAAAACGUUACAAAAUGCUCAGACGGUCAGGCCAAUGAGAAAAGAUAAACCUUUAUUCGACGAACUAGAUUCAUGAAUUUCAGGUUGAAGUUUUCAAAAGGAACUUUCACGAUUUCCCAAUAAAAAGCCUAGAGCGAGUGAGAAGGACCUAAGAAUCAUUAGAAGGCACAUUGAUUUGAGGAAUAGCUCUUCCCAAAUCCUUGCAAAUAUCGAUGCUAUCAAAGAGAUCAUCGAUGAGAGCGAUUAACCUAAUAUCUAGCUUACUUUGUAAUAAUUUUUUUUGAUUC